GGUGAAAGGAGUGACAGUAGGCUUUGCCAGUGCUUCAGGACACAAGACCGGAAAGGAUCAUGAGUCAGACAGCUGCCAGCAGCCUGAAGACCCUUGGAGUUGAUUUGCUCCAAAAGCAAAAUGCCCGUCUUCACCACACUGAGGAAUAUCAUGAGAACACCAGUCUGAUUGUGAGACGAGGGCAGGUGUUUCAGUUAAAGCUGACCUUUGACCGGGAGCUGAAAGACAAUGACAAAGUGGUGGUGCAGCUCAGUGUCGGUGAGAAACCCCUGGAAUCCAACGAGACCCUUUUGUCAAUGGACCUGAGGUCUGGGCAGGACUCCCAACGCUGGUGUGCCAACAUCUCUAACACCAAUGGGAAGGAGUGCCUGGUAGCUGUGAACAGUCCGGCAGAUGCAGCUGUUGGAAAAUACUUUCUGAGUGUGAAAACUGGGCUUCACAUUUACAACCCUGGAAACAAAGUUGUCUACGUGUUGUUCAACCCUUGGUGUGAAGCUGACACGGUUUUCAUGCCUAAUGAUACUGAAAGAUUGGAGUACGUUCUCAGUGACACAGGCUACAUCUAUGUUGGAUCAGUACAAAAUAUAGUUGGAAGACCCUGGAAUUUUGGACAGUUUGAGGAAGAUGUCUUGGACUCCUGUAUGUAUCUCCUGGACAAAAGUAAACUCAAGCAAAAAGUUAGAAAAGAUUCUGUGACUGUGUCCAGAACCAUGUCUGCUUUGGUUAAUUUCAAUGAUGAAUCAGGAGUCCUUUUGGGGAACUGGUCAGGAACCUAUACUGGUGGAACCUCCCCCGUGGCCUGGACAGGAAGUGCCCCCAUUUUGCAGAAAUACUACAAAACAAAAAAACCCAUCCGCUUUGGUCAGUGCUGGGUUUUCUCUGGAGUUCUUACUACAGUCAUGCGCUGCCUGGGGAUUCCAGCCAGAAGCGUGACUAACUUCGCCUCGGCUCAUGAUACUGAGGAAAAUCUGAAAGUUGACAUCUACAUGAAUGAAAAGGGCGAAAAACUGGAUGACAUGACAUCAGACUCUGUCUGGAAUUUUCACGUGUGGAAUGAUGUGUGGAUGAAAAGGCCAGACUUGCCCCAGGGUUUUGAUGGUUGGCAGGCACUUGAUGCCACCCCACAGGAGAUAAGUCAAGGUGUUUACCAGUGCGGCCCUUGUCCACUAAAAGCCAUCAGAAGUGGAGAAGUCUAUUUGCUGUACGACUCCAAGUUUGUGUUUGCUGAAGUGAAUGCUGACAGGGUCUUCUGGCAAGUGAAGAAUGUGAAUGGCAAACAGAAACUUGUCAAACUGCGUGAGGAGACCAAGGCCAUUGGGAAGAGCAUCAGCACCAAAGCUGUUGGGAAGAACACAAGGGAAGACAUUACGGCACAGUACAAAUUCCCAGAAGGCUCUCCAGAGGAACGGAAGGCUGUGGAAAAGGCUUGCACCUAUCUGAACUCUUCAAAUUUGGCAGUUUGUGAGAGCACAGCUCCUCUUCCACCCCUCCAGGCUGGGAUCCAACUGGAUGUAGAGAGCGAAAAAGUUUUAUGGCUGGGCAAUCCCAUUAAUCUGAACAUCAUUGUACAGAACAGUUCUGCUGGUGCAUUGACGAUCAAUCUUGUUGCCUCUUGCCAACUGCAGUCCUACACUGGGAAAGUAGAGGCCAAUCUUGGAUCCAUCAAACAGACUGUCCAGACCGAAGGCAAACCUGUUAUUCAGCUCCCUCUGAAUAUAGCAGCUGAUGCUUAUAUGAAGACUGUAACAUCUGUUGAGGAUGAACUUCUCAUAAAAGUCAAUAUUAUUGCUGAGAUUCAGGAAACUAAUGAAAAGCUCACUGAUGAGCUAACACUAACAUUCCAAUACCCCCCUCUCAAGGUGGAGAUGCCAGAAACUGCAAAGAUUAAUGAAGAUUUUACGUGCUCCUUUAUCUUCAAAAAUACCUUGUCUAUUCCCUUGGAAAAGUGCAAAUUGCAUGUAGAAGGACUGGGCAUUUUUAAAAUGGAAACAAUUGAUCAAGGGGACAUAAUGCCUGGUAGGAUCAUUAAAUCCCAAAUAAUAUGUGCUCCAAAUAAAACAGGAGAGAAAAAAAUUGUAGCCAAACUGACCUCUAACCAAGUCAAAGGAAUAUCUCAGGAAAAGAUGAUUACCAUCACCGCCUAGGGGAAUUACUCAAUAUCUUAACAGGGUGUCAGUCUUGGUCUUGCUGAAUAUGUACUAGAGAUGGAUGUCACUGGCACUUCCUGCCUCCUUGAUUAGUAGAUUAUAGGCUAUCAUAGGAGAUAAGGUAAUGUAAGUGGCUUAAGGGCACAGUUGCUUUGAUUCUAGUUAAUGGGGAUUUAAUAAAGAUUGUUAAAAUCUACUCUCACAUGUAUCAAUGUCAGUUUAUGAUGAUUCAGGACUUGUUUGAGAAAGUGGGAAUGGUUAGAUUGUGGCUCACGCUGAGGUUAGCUUUUCCUUUUGUAACAAUCACAAGCUUUGUGUAAUGAUAAUGCCAUUAGUAUCUGCACACUGUUUUGCCUUUUUAAACUCCCGUGUUGGGUGAAGUAAUGAUUUAUCUGUCAAUUACUGUCAUGCCCAUUUUGGUGUUCCAUGUAUGCCUCAAUUCAUAGGAUGGAUUGUGCUGUAUCGUAUGUUACCGGACUGACAGUAUCAUGCACUGUCGUGGUUGAUAUGCAGGUAUUAUGCAUUAUUGUGCUCAUUGUAGCAUACCGUGUGGUUUCACCACACAGAACAUGGCUUUUCUUAAAGAAACAACCUAAAACUGGAUCACAAGCAGAAGUUUUCUGAACAGUCCCCCUUUUGUUAACUGUUGGGUAAAUUCUUUUUAAUUUGCACCUGCCUCUUUCA